GUUUGAACCGCCAACCGUUCGGUUAGUAGUCUAGUGUAAACAGUUUGCACCACUCAGGAGCUUUGGUGUAUACGUAAAGGAACAGUAAUUUCAAAGUGAGUAACGUGAGGCUUUUAAGGCAUAUGAAGAACCAGCCGUUUAAGAUAUAAUCUCUUUUUAGUCGUUGUAGAUUACACUUUGGAUCUGGCCGCCGUAAAUGAGUACGCAUAUUCUCACUUUAGUCCUAUUUAGGAAGACCAUGGAUUAACUGGUAGUUAAAAAGUAGUUCAAAUGAAGCAGAUCUGGAAACAUGUAUUCUGAAUAGAGGAAAAAGAAGAGUCUGUACUUGUACCUAAAUUCCAAGAGUAUGCACAUGUUUUUUCUUGGUUACCCCUUUUAAAAAUGCCAUCUUUUCAGGGAAAAAAAAACACCUUGAAGAUUAAAAUAUGUAAUGAGAUAACUUUCUCGAAGAUUAACCUGAGCUUUUUCUGCUCUAGAUGUUUCGAAAAGUGCUGAAAUUUAAGCUCACCAAAGGGUAGACUAUGCAGGCAGCUAUGAUUCUUUAUUCUUUUUAGGAAUUUUCCUUUGAUUGUUAUUUUUCCUUGACUUCAGGUUAAGAAAGCUCACUGGCUCUGUACUCUGGACACGCACUGAGCCCCUCCCCACGAUGCUGUAUGUGCACAAUGGUUAUUAGGCAACCCGUGUUUCAGGAAAAGGGACACUCUACCGUAAGGUUGAUCCCUGUGACCUAAUGAAUUCUUGGUGAAAAGUGGACUCAGCUAGGAUGUUACACCACCAUUGUCGGAGGAACCCUGAACUCCAGGAAGAAUUGCAGAUUCAGGCUGCGGUGGCUGCAGGGGAUGUUCACACCGUACGAAAGAUGUUAGAGCAAGGCUAUUCUCCAAAUGGCCGAGACGCUAAUGGCUGGACCCUGCUUCAUUUCUCUGCAGCAAGAGGAAAAGAGAGGUGUGUCCGAGUAUUUCUAGAACACGGAGCUGAUCCCACAGUGAAGGACUUAAUCGGAGGCUUCACUGCUCUUCAUUAUGCAGCCAUGCAUGGCCGGGCCCGGAUUGCACGUUUGAUGUUAGAGUCUGAGUACAGGAGUGACAUCAUUAAUGCCAAAAGCAAUGAUGGCUGGACUCCCCUCCACGUGGCUGCUCACUACGGAAGGGACUCGUUCGUCCGGCUCCUACUGGAGUUUAAGGCCGAGGUCGACCCGCUCAGUGAUAAAGGUACAACACCGCUUCAGCUAGCCAUUAUCCGAGAGAGGUCAAGCUGUGUGAAAAUCCUGCUGGACCACAAUGCCAACAUCGACAUUCAGAACGGUUUCCUGUUACGUUAUGCGGUGAUCAAAAGCAAUCACUCUUACUGCCGAAUGUUCCUUCAGAGAGGAGCAGACACCAACUUGGGGCGCUUGGAAGAUGGACAGACUCCUUUACACUUGUCUGCCCUUAGGGAUGAUGUGCUUUGUGCACGGAUGUUAUAUAAUUAUGGAGCGGACACGAACACAAGGAACUAUGAAGGACAGACACCACUGGCUGUUUCAAUAAGUAUUUCUGGAAGUAGUCGACCGUGUUUGGAUUUCUUACAAGAAGUAACAAGGCAGCCCAGAAACUUGCAGGACCUGUGCCGAAUUAAAAUUCGACAGUGUAUAGGCCUUCAAAACCUAAAGCUACUUGAUGAACUACCAAUUGCCAAGGUCAUGAAAGACUACUUAAAACACAAAUUUGAUGAUAUCUGAUAUUCACAGAACUGUGAGCGAGAUUAGGAGUUAUAUUCCAGAUACUUAAAAGGCUUUUUGCCUUGCACAAAGUAUAUCCUAUGCAAUUUCUGAUUUGCUGUGAAGUCAGAAAGCAGGUAUACACUUUUAGGUUUUUUUGUUUGUUUGGUUUUCAUUGUAGGGGAGGGGUUUUUAUAUGUAUAAACACACACCACACGCUUGAAGGUCUUAAUCUGGUUUCUUGGUCCAAGUUUACGAGGUCCAAGCUUUGUAUACAAUACUGCAUUUAGAAAAAUUGUUUUUCUAAAAUGAAACAAGCAGGAUUGGAGUGGAGAACUUAUCCUUUCCAAAUUAUUUCUGGUUUUAUUGGCGUGCAUUCUAAACCAGCAAAGCACUUGUUAAGUAAUGUUUGGAGGCCCAUUUUCACCCAGGGGGCCCUGGGUUAUAUUGGAAGAUGCCCUGAGAAAUUCCAAAAGUGAUGCUGUCACCUCAUUCAUUUUUAAUGAGUACAAAUUGGCUGUUUCAAACUGUUCGUUUCCUAAUUGAUGUAGCUGUUGGACAACAUAAAUCCAGUACCUCUGCUUUCCUGUUGGUGUGCUCUUGUUUUUAACUUAUUUUUUUUAACAACCGUAGUACACUACCCAGAGACUUUACGUCUCAACUUCUGUCUCUAGCUGAAUUGUGCUUUUAAAAAAUAAUGGGAAAGAAGAUAACUUUAUAAAGCCAGUGUAUUCUGUUUUUCAGACAGUGCCUCCUGUGCAAUACUCUUUCUGGUGUAUUUUAUCCAUUAUUUCCUUUGGCGUUUGUCGUUCCACAGCCAGCUUUGAUGUGCCCGUGAGAAUAGGAACCAUGACUUUAGUUGUCAUUGCAGAACCACAGUAUGUCACUUGCCAUUUCCAUUUUAAGCUUUGCUUUUUACUUCACUUUGGACAGAAAAUUUCACAUCCUGGUGGUAGAGUAUUCCCUAAGAAUAGUCCCAGAUAGUGUUAAACCAUUUGGCUUUAACAGUUAAAUAAUUUGGGAUGUUUUCAUGGUGUUUCUUUUCUUCUCAGUUAAAAAAAUUUUUUUUUAAGAGUAAAAUUUCUAAUGGAUGCACAUUUGUAAGCCUGGUUAAUUCCUGGUAUGCUAAUUAAACAUUUCUUAUCUGUUUUGAGGUUACACAGUGAAACUCUUCAGGAGAGUGAUUUUAUUUUCUGGGUUGAUUUGGCAUAUGUUUGCAGGGUAAACACGGAUAUGACAGAGUGUCUGUGACAAUGGAAAAGUUUCCAGAGGCAUCAGGGAUCGAAGACAGUGCUAUUGGAAAUGUGUUCUGUGCCUGAUUUGGCAUUAGCUUUAGAAGAACCUUCUCAAAUGUCCAGUAUUGUUCUUCGUGCUUUGGGAAAUGUCAAAAUAUUUCCACACCAGUAAUACAUUUACUAAUAGACAUUUACAAGAUGAAGGGCUUCUCUUCUCUGAAUGUCUAGUUUUAAGUCAUUAAGCAUAAAAUUAUUUCAACUGAGAAGUAUAACUAAGACCAGAACUGAGAGGCGUCUACUCUAGCUUUGCCUGUUUCCGGAGCCAGCAGUGAUCAUUUCCCAGGUACAAGGUGUGUCCUCUUGGAUACAGAAUAGCUGUGGCAUUGGAGUGUCUAGUGUGCUAUGCCAAGGCAGGGCACAAGUGUCUGAAGAAUGGGCAGCUUCAGGAAAAGGAUGAUCUGGAAGGUUGCUGAUGUGGUCCAUGGACUCUUUUGCAGGCAGCAACCCAGAGUCUGGCUGGUUUCAAAACCAUCCCCAAACUGUAACUUGAGCCUAAUUGAUAGAAAUGGAUAGUCUGUCCUUUUCCCAAUAAAAAUAUCUCUAAAAAGUUAUCUCUGAGUAAGAGUGCCUUGUGAAGAAAGGAGCAGAACUGUGCCCUCAUUCUUUAAACAAUACCCAGGUCAGGGCUAUGACACAUUAGUAGUAUCCAGAAAUAAAAUGAGUGUCACUUCUUCCUAAAACCCCAGGCCCAGGGAGAUGAGGAGACAGGAGGGUACCUGGGAGUCCUGCACUCUGAGCAGAAACAAUGUUAAAUUUGCACAGGGCUUAUUUCUGCACAUGUGUGUAUUAUUCGGUUAGUUUCAAAUUUUUUUCUUUCCCCAACCAUUCAAAGGUUUCCAAACUGAGUUAGACAUUGAGCUUGAGUCAGGGACUUCCAACUAAAAAGAUCAGAUGAGGGUAAAUUCUUUGUUCUGUUUUGCUGCUGUGACUUGCAGAAAAAAUUAUGAGAGCUCUUCCUGGAAUUGAAAUUUCUAUUUAAUGAAGAAGUGUAUAAUUUCAUUAUUUAUUGUUUGAGGUUUGAUUUAUCUGGAGACUUAAAAAAGGAUGCUUUAUUUUUGUUGUUAAUAAAAAUCCCAAUCACAUAUCGUAUUUAACAAUUUCUAAAAUGUCUGGAAGCUGGUCGUUGGUGGAAUUCAGUGAUGAAUGGGCAGGCCUGUGAUUUGAGUUUGAUCGACAGAGAAGCAUUCUGGGGUCACAGAAUGAGGAGAGAGAGAACAAGUAUUUUCAGAAAAUCAACUGAUUGGUUUUUCUAGAAUCUUGACUAAAAUGUUCAGAACAUACCAAAUUUGUCAUUGAUCCUUCUAUAUUUCUUUUAAAAAUUUAUUAUUUAAGCCUAUGGCUAAACCUUUAUAAAAAAUAUAUUUGGCAAAUACACCAAAGAAACUGGCUCACAAAAGAUUAUGAUUAUUAAUGAACUGCAAACCUCAUUUUUUGAAAAGUUUUUUUUUUUGUAAAUAUUUGUGUUUAUAAAUGUACAGCAGAGUAAGAGUGUUUUUUAGAUUAUUUAAUUUCCAUAUUUCUAAACUAUUUACUACAAAAUAAUAAUCCACGCUUGUUAGUUUGGAAGACUCGACUGUUUUGUUUUUUAAUCCAUUAUCGGUCAUGCCUGGAACGGCACUUCCACUGGAGAAUUCAGUGUUCUGGCAGCAGCCAGUGUGCACGUCGGAGCGAGGGGGAGUCUGGUGUGAUUUGUCAGAUGCACCUCCAGGAGGCAAGAGUGCGUAGUGUAAUUAUCAGAGCAGACCAUCUGAAACUGAGAGUCUAACUUUCUGCAAAAUUGCUCAUUAGCCCAGAAUGUGAUUGGGAUGAGGACGUUUGCCCAAAAUCUAGCUUUCAUGUAACUCCUCGUGUGUUAUUAUCAUAAUGUAUUUUGUUCUUCCUUUGUAAUGUAAGUUUUGUUUUGGGUCAGUUUGAAUUAAAAAAAAACAAAAAACUUAAAUCUGGUUUAAAACAUAUUGGACUUGGGUUUUAUUUCUAGUCUGCCUUAACAUUUUAAUAUUUCCAGCUGCUUGUGAAAGGGAACAAAUCUGUCUUUCAUUCAUCAGCAUUUUAGAUCUCUGGGAAUUGUGUAAAAGUGUGAUACAGAAAACACCACCACUUAGUCAUCGAUGAGCCAGUUCUUAGCCUCCAGUUUUUUAGUGUAUUCUGCAGAUGCCAUCGCACUCCUGCGCUGGGCUGCGUGCACCACCUGCCUCAUACAUGCACAUCUCAACCGAGGACAGGGUAUGGCCCACAUCAGUUCUCAACACAGAAGAGUAAAUGCAGUCAAAGCAAUGAAUUUGAGUUCUUUUAUUAGCUUGCGGGAGUUAGAAGCAAAAUAACUUUGAAUUUCACCCCUCCUGUAUGUAACAUAAAUACAGCUUGAUUCGAGAGAGACCGCAAACUAGUAUGAAUCAUGGUGUGUUAAGAGAAAGGGAGGACAGACUGUUUAGCACCAUGUGCAGAAACUGCAUAUUGGGGUUAUAUCCUUGUUGCAGACUUAUCCAGGUUUUGGCAUCAAUGAAGGCCAGGAAUGGGACAUUUGAAGCUAUUUCUAAUGAUCAGCAGGGGAGUUCAGAUUUGAAAAAUUGCUGUGUUGCUUGGAAAUCUUGAGGUCAUUUCUUUUCCAGUAUGAUGUAAGUAGUGUAUUGUUUUUUCAGCUGAAAGACAGUGUACAAAACUGGUUUACUGGCUAUUGACAAAGCAGAUUCUCUACUUGAUAAAAUAUUUCCACAUCCCAUGUAGUUGGGUAUCAAAGAUGAAAGAAAAUAUGUUUAUGUCAUCUGCCUAUAUUGAUGUAACUCUAUAUAACUCUAUGUUCUUUAAAGUGUAAGGAGUAAAGUUUUACAAAUUUUGAUCUUAGAAUUUAUAUUAGCUUAAAUACCAAUAAAGUUUAUAAACAUUCACUGCCAGAUUCUGAGAUUUAGGUCUGAGUCAAUGUAGAUUCUUAGGAUCUGAAGAUGAUUUUUCUUUAUUCUACCACUUAGCUGUUCUGUCCUUACCAAGUGGGUCUCUUAGGUAAUCAAAACAGAGGCUCAGUCAGCAUAUGGGUGCUGCUGAACCCCAUGGCUUUCCCUGUUCACUAGUAAAUAGUGUUCGAUGUUUUGUCAUAUAUUUCUUGAAGAUCAUGAUGCAUUUUAUAGAUAUUUCUUUAUCUUCUAGAAUAAUGCUAUGUUUCUUGACAGCAUUCUGAAUCAUACUUGAAAAGGCUGAGGCAGUGAUGAGCCUAUGGCCCUGUAAGAGAUCAUCAGUAUGGCCAUCGAACCCUGAGCUCCUAAUCCUGUGGCUGCGGCGCUCGGUCCUUUGUUUCCCGAAGGAGUAUCUUUCACAGGAGCAUUGAGAUGUACUCCUUCAGCUUCAUUCAUUCAGCUGUACCCAGAGUACCUCAGGCUGGGUUUCCGUUGUGCAUUCACAAGCUGUUAUUUAUCCAUUCUGAAGACCCACGGGCCACUGGAAAUAAAAGGAUCAGAUUAAAGCCAAUCAUUCUUC